UGCGGGCAGCGGAGCAUCCUUGCGCGGGCAGCGCCCCCCGCUUCUUGCUCUCCGCUUCUCGGCUGCUUUGCUCGGCCUCGGUGGGGGGGCACGAUGACUAUCAAACAGCUAGACCAGGGGCAGCAUUACAGGCCGAGAAUGGCAGUCCUCAAAAAGAUCGAAGGCCUCCUCAUGGAGAUGCAGAAUCCAGAUGCAGGCAUCAAAACGCACACGCAGAGGGUGAUGAUCACGAACAUCCCCCACGCCGUGGCAGGUGGUGAUAUACUGCAGUGGAUUAUCCAGCAUCUGCAAAUCACCGAGGAAGAGGCACUUCACUUGGGGACUAUGAUUGUCAAGUUUGGAUACAUCUACCCUCUGCAGGAGCCAAAGAAUCUCACCCUUAAAACAGACAACAACCUCUACAGGUUUCAGACCCCCUAUUUCUGGCCCGCACAGAAGUGGCCGGCAGAUGACACCGACUACGCAAUCUACCUUGCAAAGAAAAAUAUUAAGAGGAAAGGGGAUUUGGAAGAAUAUGAAAAGGAACACUACAACUUGCUAAAUAAAAAAAUAAACUACAAAUGGGAUUUUAUUAUUAUGCAGGCCAAAGAACAGUAUAAGGCAGGAAAGGAGCGGAAGAAGGCAGACAGAUAUGCCCUGGACUGUCAGGAGAGGGCGUAUUGGUUCGUGCAUCAAACACCUCCAGGCAUGCAGGACGCCCUAGAGUAUGGAUUGAACCGAGUAACAGAUCCUAAUGAAAAUAAGAAAAAAACCUUUGAUGUUUACAGGCGGGAGAUCAUGUACUACAGGCAGGCCCUCAUGAGGUCCACAGUGAAAUCUUCUGUCUCCCUGGGAGGGCUUGUGAAAUAUGCCCAGCAGUUGUUGACCAAUGAUCCCUUGCUGGCAGGCUGCCUCCCCAGCAACCCCUGGGUAACGGAUGACCCCGCGUUCUGGGAGCUCAAUGCAAAACUUGUGGAAAUCCCCACCAAGAUGCGCGUGGAGCGAUGGGCCAUUAAUUUUAGUGAGCUGAUAAGGGAUCCAAAAGGCCGGCAGAACUUCCAGCUGUUCCUAAAGAAAGAAUUCAGCGGAGAGAAUCUGAGUUUCUGGGAAGCCUGUGAGGAUCUGAAGUACGGAGACCAGUCCAAGGUCAAAGAAAAAGCAGAAGAGAUCUACAAGCUCUUCCUGGCUCCAGGAGCGAGGCGCUGGAUUAACAUUGACGGCACAACCAUGGGCAUCACGGUCAAAGGUCUCAAGCACCCUCAUCGCUAUGUUUUGGAUGCGGCUCAGACUCAUAUUUAUAUGCUGAUGAAAAAGGACUCUUACGGUCGCUAUUUAAAGUCUCCGACCUACAAGGAGAUGUUGGACAAGGCCAUUGUGCCACAGCAGACAGUCAGAAAAAGCUCCAAUUUCUCAUUCACACGCCGUCAGCUCCGCUCCAGCCCCAGCCCGGUCAUCCUGAGGCAGCUGGAGGAAGAGGCCAAAGCCAGAGAAGCAGCCACCGCCAUGGACAUCACCCAGGUUAUGAGCAAGCUGGAUCGUAGGAACCAGCUCACACAGAAGCAGCCUGUUAAGUAGGUUCCAGAUCUUUUAGGGCAGGAUGCAGGGAAAAGACAAGGCGAGCCCAGGGCUGAGCUUCCUCUCCCCUACCUGAAGGUGUCAGUGCUGCUUUACCUUUCCAGACCCCUUUCUCCCCGUUGCCAUGGCACCCGUAGCAGCCGAUGUCACUUUUCAGGCAUGUUAGGCAUGAAAGUGCUGCUGGAGUGAGGGAGCUGGCUGCGUGCAUCAUGCAUCACGUGGCAGGGCCCAUGCUCCAUGAUUGCUCCCCCCGUGCACCCCGAUGCGCAGGGCUGCAGUAUUGUUCGGUUGCUCCAACCUGCCCCAGGUCUGGCUGCAUCUCUAAGCCUCUGGCAUUGCUCCAGCCAUGCAUUGGAAAAUGUGUGCCAGUGCACGAGGCAGAGGUGCCUCUUCCCACCCUGCUCCGAGAGGUUCAAGGGGGACUUCUAGCCUGAGCUGUGAGUCAGGGACAGGUCUGAACUGGGAGCACAGGUGCGCUGCUCCUCCCUUCCAGGGGGUACAGCUCUGGUCCGUCUGCCAGAGCCCCUCGUCAAGCACCUAGCACCCUGCAGCCACAGGAGACGGCAGCGUCUGUGCUUGGGAGCUGCAGUUGUGCUUGGCUGCAGGAGGAGGGAAGUUUCUAGCCAAAGCAAUAAGAUUAAGCCUUUUAAAAGGCACCAGGUGGUUUGCAUUCCCUGUUCCCUGUAAUGGCAGCUGGACCUCCCAAUCCUGCAGACAGCUUGGGGCCCACAGCCCAUGAAGGGGGUCAGUCCUUGUCCCUCUGUCACACAUUCAUGUGAUGAGUUCUGCCCAGGCCUCGUGAGAGCAGGUGUGUGGGUCUGAGAGAGAUAGCCAGGGCUGCAGGUUUCCUUUAUCUAGCCCUGACUCACAUUUGUCUUGUCUUUUUCCUGCUCUGCUAUUUCCUGUUGCUCUACAAGAGCGAGUGGUAGUUUCCAGGCAUUAUCUGGCUUGUAGCCCAGUGGUGUAGAAGCCGCCGUGUUUGGGAAACAUCGUUACUGAUUUCAACUUCUUGUAAAAUAGCAUAGUCUCACUUUCCUUUUUCCCCCUGGGGACACAGAGAGGAGCAGGAGGGGGAGUUAAAAUCUCAACUACCCACUUCCUUGAGGCCUGUUAGGAAGCCCCUGGGGCUGGAUGGUCAGUGGGAUGUGAUGAGGUUCAUGGAAAGCCCUGGCCAGGGCAAGGUGGAAGAAUUUAUGGGAGGAUGGGAAACGGACAGAGGCUGAGCUUGAACCCUUUCGGUCUUGCUCAUCCAUCACCCUCGCUGGAAGUGAGAAGCAGUCAGACCAGGAGGUAACUGAGAACAGGGUGGAGGAUGCAUAAAGAACUGCAGAAAUGGAUUUGCUUUUCUUCAUCGGGGCAUGAGUUCCCGCCAUGGGGGAUGGAGCCAUGCCAGCUGCAGCCAUUGUACAGCCACACAACUGGCUGGGAGCCGGCAUGGUCCAGCUCCCAGCGUCGCAGUGGCAGGGAGAGCAAAACGAAAUCACAGGUUCGACUACCGUUCCUUUGGAGCAUCGUGCUGCAGCCCCGCCUGGCCCCAGCCGGCCAGGAAACCCCCUUGGAGGUGCACAGCAGAGACACAGGAGGUGCCGUGCGGCAGUCCACAGGGGGACAUGAGGGCGAGAAGUUAGGCACCGAUAUCCAGUGCUCCUGGUAGUUUAUUGCUUUGGGCUAUACCUUGAGGUGCUUUCUCAAGGUACAAGAUGAUGGGAAUGGUGGUCCCCAGUCACCUUCAUUCCAUCUGGGGCUUUAUAUCUGCAAGGUGAAAACGGGUCCUAACAUACCGGGCCUAAAGGGGGCCAAAGGCAUGUCUUUACUGUUCUCACAUCCAUUGAUCCCACUGAGCUGCAGCUCCCUAGGCACUCAAGUGCUAAACCAGCCUAAUGAACCCUGUCCUUGGAGGCAGAGUGCAUUACCUUUGAAACCAUAUGAGAAAAGGCUAGGCUGGGAUUUUUAAAGGAGCCCAAGAAAGAGGAACCCAAGUCCUGUGGAUGUGCACUUGGCUCUUUUCAAACCCCUCGUACAAGCGUGCAAAUAGUACCAGGUUCCACUCGCACUUUAUAAUACCACACUACUGCAGCCCCCGGAUUGGGGUCCGAGCCCAUAGCAUCCCGUCCUGUGAUGCCAGACCUAGGUGAAUAUAUAUAGACCGUGCAUAUCAGAGCAAGCUGUAGUUCAAUAUGUUGCAGACAGUUUAGAAAUAGGCAGAGAACUGAUGUGGGCUUUCACAGGAACAUCCAGCAUUAGAAUAAGAAAACCCCGCAAGAUCUGUAGACGGGCUAUAAACCCUCGUGUCUCAGGUCAUGAACCAGCCUGUAACUAACAGGGGACAGGUUGAUUAUUCCCUAACUGCCUCCUCAGUCAUAUUUUGUGCCCACCUUCGAAGCAACUGGGCAGGAUACAGGGUGCUUUCACCCAGUCUGGUGGUUCCUGGGAACCUUUUGGUGUCACUGAAGAAUGAGAAGAGCUCCUCUUCUGAUACCUCAUUGCAGUGCUUGAGGUGUUCACGACCGGUGUCAGCGGCUGUUCAUCUUGCCUAGAGGAGCUGAAGCAAAAUAAGUAACGUGGUCUCUACUCUGAUUUCAAGGCCUGCCAGCCAAGGCCCUGCUCCGGCACCUAAAGAUGUUAAUGCCAAAGCGCCUGUUGCCUUCGGCAGGGAUGAAGCUCGAUAGGAGCAGGAUGAGGCUGUAAAUCCUCAAAGUCGGGUUAUGCUUGGAAGGAUCGGUUCUGUAAGGUGCUGAGCAUGGUCAGCAGCCUUUAACUUAAAUGGUUAUUGAGGGUGCUUAGCACUUGGCAGGCUUGGUCGAAGGCUAUUUGAAUCUCCCAAAAGCUAAAUGAGACCAGGGAACAUGGGAGAUUUCCUGUCUCCCGGAGGGGACCGCUGUGGUACAAACAGCAGCAGUGACGCAGGGUCCAAGAAAUCUACCUGCUGCAAUGUUUAUUUGGUUUCUUGAUAUGAUUUUAUUUCUCAUCUCCAUCAGUUGUUUUUCCCACAUUCGGCAUAGUCCCCACCCUUGCAUAGACAUUGCUUCUCUUGGCUACUAUCACUGGAUAUUAAAUGUAAAUUGGAGUUUAUAUCAUAUUAGUCCAGAAAUUAAUUGUUCGUGUUGGAUUUCAGAGCGCUGCUUGGUUUUAUUUCUCUGCCAUCAUCCCCAUGCGUUCCUUGCUUCUGCUCACCUGUCUAAUAAAAAUGAAUGUAGAAAGUGAAAAAGAGCAGAGUGUUUGUCCUUCAUUGCAUUGUCUCUUUGCCAUGCAUGUAUUUUGUUGGGAGUCGGGGCCAUUACCUUUAAUAUUUUUGUUUAAAUGUUGAGCUUAUCUUUA